UGGAUACCACUGGGUGGCAACAGAUUUGAAGGCGGCCGCAGCUCCAAGUACAGCAAAUUCACCUCCAGUGGGGAAACACAGCGUAGGGAGCGCAAGCGUCUGAAGAAGAURUACAAGAAGGAGGAGAAAGCGGCCUUUAAAGAGCUGCACCGUAAGCUGCGUGGAGGCCAACAUUAAUGACCCCAGCCAGCCCACCUGCUUCUCUCACCUCACCUACGAUAAUUUAUGYUUUUCUGUCAACCCGGGCAAAAUGAAAUGGGAAAGUAGGCCAAGUGCUUAUGGUGCUCAGCAUUCCCAGAUAUCCUGUCAAAUGUCGUCAUGCAGCAGGACCGGGGCUCACUCCUUUAUUGUGCCUAUGCCAUAGCCGUUUUCGAUCUUCUCUGCGGGGUGCUCUUCGCUGCAUUCAGUGUGACCAAAUGCUCUUCACACUUGAGCUGGCUAGCCAUAUUCGCGGUGUGCUUUGCUUUGUUUUGGGUAACGCUGAUUGCUCUGCUCAUCUCUGGCAUUUAUUGGCGUAAUUCAACGUUGGUGGGGUGCUGGCUUGUGUUCUCAUGCGUGGGCAUUGCUAUUGAGAUUUGCCUGCUGAUUUAUGCUUUCAUCAGCAAGAGCACUUUCCAAGUGGGAAUAGCUGAAAAUAGUCUGAUUCUGCUCCUUGGAUUAUUUGUUGAAACAAUUUUUGCCCUGAUCAUCUAUAUGUUUUAUCGAGAACUCCCGGAAUGCAGCCCUGUUGUCCAGGAUAGAAAGCCGCCUUGUUACAGAGACCCACCGCUGGAGCAGGUUCUGUCGCCGCCACAGGAAGCGCCGCGACCAAAGCCGGACCCAGAGCCAGAGGCAGACGCUUGCACUACAUCGCCCAAUCGAAGCAAACGUUCCUACAGGUGCAACAUCUUGCAAACUAGAUCCGUUACAAGUCCCUACACCUGUGGCUCGAAGCGCAGCCCAUAUUGGUCUCCUGUGAGGAGCGCAAAAUGAAGAGCCUGAAGGUUGAAG